AUGGGGUGGCCUACCCUGUGGACCCUCUCAACACUAUUCUGCCUUGGACCCUCCCAGGCCCUGGGCCUGGAGGGAGGUGCCUGUCCAGAUGUCAAGAUUGUAGGUCUGGGGGCCCAGGACAAGUUGGCUGUCAUCCAAAGUUGUCCUGGCUUUCCUGGCCCACCCGGCCCCAAAGGGGAUCGUGGCAGUCCUGCUGAGAAAGGAGAGCGGGGCUUCCAAGGCAGUCCAGGAAAGAUGGGGCCUGCUGGCAGCAAAGGAGAGCCAGGAACCAUGGGUCCUCCAGGAGCCAAAGGGGAGAAAGGUGAAACAGGAGCUGCACCAUCCCUGGGUGAGAAGGAGCUAGGAGACACCCUGUGCCAGAGAGGGCCCUGGAGCUGCAAAGACAUGCUGACACGGGGGACCUUCCUGACUGGCUGGUACACCAUCUAUCUUCCUGACUGCCGACCACUGACUGUGCUCUGUGACAUGGAUGUGGAUGGUGGGGGCUGGACAGUUUUUCAACGACGAGUGGGUGGCUCCAUCAACUUCUUCCGAGACUGGGACUCCUAUAAAAGAGGCUUUGGCAACCUGGGCACAGAGUUCUGGUUGGGCAAUGACUACCUGCACCUGCUCACUGCCAAUGGGAACCAAGAGCUCCGGGUCGACUUACAAGAUUUCCAAGGUGAAACCUCCUAUGCCAAGUACAGCUCAUUCCGGGUGUCUGGAGAACAGGAGAAAUACAAGCUGACGCUGGGAGAGUUUCUUGGCGGCACUGCAGGAGACUCCCUGACAGGUCACAGCAACAGGUCAUUCACAACCCAUGACCAGGAUAAUGAUACGAAUAGCCAGAAUAAUUGUGCAAUUUUAUUCCAUGGGGCCUGGUGGUAUCACUCCUGUCACCAGUCCAACCUCAACGGACGCUACUUGCGUGGCUCCCAUGACAGUUAUGCAGAUGGCAUCAACUGGUUAACGGGCAGAGGCCACCGCUACUCCUACAAGGUUGCUGAGAUGAAGAUCCGGGCAGCCUAA